AUCCCUUAACAGCUCCCCUUGACUUCAAUUUGACUUCCAUUUGACGCUCUCAGCUGAAAAUACCAGCCCUACCGCGGCUUAGUCCGAUAUUUGAUAUUGACCUCUUACCGCCCUAAUCCGGCCGCACCGGACGGGAAACGCACGCUAAGCUCCUAUUAUUGACCUCCUACGGAAUGCACCCUUCGACACUUCAAGCUGUAGAAGGAGAAGCUGUAGAAGGAGAAGUGGUUACUCUGGAAACUAACCACUUUCCUAUUGAUUUUAAAGGGAAAUUCACUAUAUUUGCAUACAAGGUUUCGAUUUAUCCGGAUUCUGCCAAACAACAUGUAUGGGAGGAUAUUCUUAUGGAAUUUCAUAAUAUGAGGAAGCUGGAGCAGAUUGGUAUGGAUUUUAAUGAUAAAGCUUUAUAUUCAGUAGGAGCUAUACUUACGGUGAAAGAUUAUCCAGUCACGAUUCAUGAAGGGAACAAAAGUACCGCUUACACCGUUAACAUAGAGCAGUCAUGGGUUGAAAGCGUAGCAGGCAAAGAGUUACCAUCGCCUGAAUUUGCACGAGCUCUUGACUCGAUCAUGCUACGAUUCCAGCUCAAGAGCUUCAAAUCUUUGGGAAGCUCCUUGAUCAGAAAUGUAGCUUAUAGCCUCGGUCAUGGGGUAUGUGCAGUGGAUGCUUUUCACCAAAAUAUCCGGCGAACCGAGAAAGGCCUUUGUUUGAUUAUCGAUCUGUUAAGGAAACCCACUUUUGAGUCCAUUAUGGUGUCUGAAUUUGUAAAGCUUUCGUGCUCACUGGAAACUUUAGCGUUCCCGCUUGCUGAUGCAGUACACUCUAAUCUAGAAAGAGUUUUAAAAGGCCUGUGGGUUGAGAUUGAGACCUCUUGUCACCCAUCAUUGAGAGGACAAAUCACAAGUUUGACUCGUGUUCCCAUUAACGAUGUAGUGAUUCCUGGAGAGGAUAAAUUUUCUGAUAAUCUAAAGCUUUGCUCGUAUCUGUGGGGAAAGUACUCCAUUACUCCAGAUUACCCUUCUUUGCCUGCUAUCGAAUUGAACCAUGACUCCAGGCAAUUUUACAUGCCGAUGGAGUUUUGCAGAAUUUGUGAUAGUCAAGAGUGCUUUGAUUUAACGAAGAUGCAACUAAAAAAGAUGAGAACCUUCAUGCUCCAGAAGCCAAACAUCAUACAGAGAACGAUUACUAAGAUCCUGAACGAAAACUACUUUGUUCAUACAAAGCAGUUAAACAUUAGUCUUGCUAUUCAUGAAGAGCAAACACGUGUGCAGGCACGUGUUUUGCCUGCACCCUGGUUGCAGUACUUGAAACAUGAUGUUGUGACUGAGAUCAAGCCCAUGAAUGGAAAAUGGGCUCUAGACGGCUUGUCAUUAGUAGAUCCCAAGAAAGUUGGCCCUUGGGCAUGCAUACGCUGGAAGAAUGAUUCCAGUCAUAUUGAUUCAUUUAUACAUGAUCUUGUCCGUAUAUGCACUGCUUUAGGGAUUAGUUUUGAUGCAAAGGAUCCAGAUUUUAUGACAUUGGAUCACACUGAUGAUAUUCUUCAGCACCCAUUACUUGAGAACAUGUCAUUAGUUAUUGUGGUUGUACCAGAGUUGCACAUAUCGUCUGACGGUGGUGAACUCCAUAGAAUAUUGGAUUGUAAUUUGAACAUUAUCUCAUAUGUAUGCAAUCUGGAAAAUGUCGUGAAGUGUAAAACAGAAUACCUUAUUUCGAUUGCACUCACGAUGAAUGCCAAGCUUGGUGGACGCAAUAUUUUAUUAUCAAGACCAAUUCCUUCUAUGGGAAAGGAAGCGACAAUGGUAUUUGGAAUCUCGAGAAGAAACAAAUCUUGGGGGGUCGUUGGCUCAAUGGACGUGCCGGGAGCAUCAGUGUACGAAUCUUAUUAUUCAACGAUGCCUGGGGGCCAACAACUCGUGGGGAUGAUACAUAGUCUCGUGAAGCGCUAUUUCUCUAAAAAUCAAGCCUUGCCACAACGAUUGAUCUUCUUCCGAAAUGGAGCCAAAGAAGAAGGUUUACAAAACCUUAUAAGCAAUGAGAUUUUGCAAAUAAAACAGUUUCGGGAUCAAAGCUACAAUGACAUUAAGAUAACGGUUGUGGUUGUCGAUGAGAAAAGCCACUGUCGUUUUUUUCACGACGGGGGUAUUGUUCGAGCAGGGACUGUAGUUGAUUCACAAAUAUGCCCCCAAGAUGAUUUAAAUUUCUAUCUGCACAGUGGCAGUGGCGUCAAGGGGACGGUCUGCGCCACUCAUUACCGAGUCACAUGCGACGAAAACUUAUUUAGUGCUGAUGCAAUGAAGACGAUUUGCCAUACCUUGUGUUACAUUAAUGCUGGCAGAACACGAAGUCAUCCUACAGUUAUACCAUUAUACUAUGCUCAGUUAGUUGCAUCCCGAGCAAGAUUUUAUUGGAAAUCUUCUGAUCAUGGGCAUACCUAUUUUCAUGUCAGAAAGCAGAUGCACUUCUUACCAGACGACAUCUCCACAUGUUGAUACUUUUUUUUGGAACUUAUUAUUGUGAAGAGAUGACAUGGAGCAGCCAAAAAGUUAAAGCUGCAUCGGAAAGAGUGAGUAUACGAUACACCCGGCUCUACGGGUGGGAACCGUACAGCCAGGUAUUUUUGUGAUUUCUCUCAACAUUCGACCCAAUUAACUAUUCUAUUAUCAGCCUUCAUUUAGUCCGCUGGUCAUGUGCGUGCUAUGAAUCUAUGAUGCCUACGUGGAUAUGUAUUUCACCAGACGUUGCCCAUGUUGUUUUAACUUCACCAUACUUCACUUCAUUCUUAGUCUCAGCCUAUGCAUUUCACUUCAACAGCCUUUAUUUCACUUAACUUCAAUCCACCAUGCUUUCUGCCUUUCUCUUCAUUCAUUUUUUUUAUUAUAUCUUUUUAUAUUUAUAACUCUUAAUUCAC